AUGGCGGAUAACCUCAAAGUGGGCCCCGACCCGUCGAAAGAGUUCAGGUAUCUCAACGCGGUGGACCUGAAGUUCUCGCAUGCUGAGGACACUCGCCUUCGUCGUCGGACUCCCACGAGCGACGGCGCCACAGUCGUUGGCUUUUCAGAACAAGCGCCGUGGAGGAAUGGUUCAUCUGAACUGCGCCGCGGAGCGGAGAGCAAACGAGACGCCGAAUCACCUGCGGAAGUGACAACCAAGGUUGACGCUUCCAUGCGCUCUCUCAGUAUCGACUCCGAUAAGUCUAGCUGCGCCCUGUACAACUAUUUUUCUCGACCUAACGGUGAAGGGUGCACUAGCUUGUCCUCGUGGAACUCGAAUAGCACGGAAUCCCUGAACUUUGAACGUUACCGCGACAUGAUGGAUGACUCCGCGACACUGCGCAGCCCUUCUGCCUCACUCGAGAAGGAGCUCAUUCACAUGGUAGAGUCGGCGUGGAAAUCAGCCGCGCCAAAGCGUGAGACGGCACCUGUGUAUCAGAACAAAGGCAAGAACGUGUUCCUUAAGAUCCUUGCGACUCAACUGGUGUCUGGCACCAUCAUCGGCCGCGGGGGCAAAGGAUUCAACUGGUUCAGGCGCAAAAGCAAGAUCGACGACAUCUUGUUGUCCAUGCCGUGGGAGCUUUACCCGAAGACGGAUUUGCGUACCAUGUUUUUGGAGGGAACAACGGCGGCUGUUGUUAAGGCCACUUGCAUCAUAGCCGACCUCAUGCUCUCGAAAUACGCUGCUCAGCACUCGGCGACAGUCACUCAAUCUGACCGGAUGUUGGUUCUUGUUGUGCUUCCACUUUUUGCGAAAACAGCUAUGGAGCGCAUACGCGAUACCUCCGAUGCCGAUAUCAUUUCAAUUACACUCUUCCAGAGCAGCACAGAACACAAUGAGAUUGUCGCUGUGAUUAAAGGCGUGAAAUCCAAGGUCAAGGCCUUGGUAGGCGCCAUCGCCAACUCGAUUGCGGAAACGAUAGACCUUCAGGACUACUGUCACGUUUCAUACCCCGGUCCUGACGGGUUCAAUCCUAAGAUGCUGCCCAAAAAUAGGGCGGUGCAGCGAAAUGCUAUGUCUGGAAAUGAAGAGGCCGCAGAGGCCAUUGAGUCUGCUCCCAAGAAAAUCGACGAUAAUUCCGAGACUUCCAUGGAAACUCCCGAUCCGUCCCACCAGCUGCGUCAGGGCACCGACUCGGAGACUCAAACGGAAACAUGCGCCGUCGACCUCAGCGAGACGGUGCACACGAUGGCGGAUAUGGGCUACGAAAUCCCACACGAAAACGAGAUUCAACUAAACAUGGCUACCGCAGCUGUUGUUGCGGAGAGCAACCCUACAAUCAACAGCUACCCGAUCAACCUCAACAUCCUCGUCCCCGCGGCAAAGGCGGCAGAUGCAAUGUCUAUCACGAGUGCCUCCAAGUGCUACGUCACGACUGCACCCGCGGAGGACCCGAACACGCUCGUUUUCAGCCUCAGUGGUUCCUUCGAGGAGACCGUGGCCGUUGUUUCCCUCAUCAUGUCGGUCAUGUAA